AAUAAGGUAGACCAAUGACUAUGCACACCUCUUUAUUUGCUCUGUAUACCGUUCGGAAGAAUUCUAGCUUUCUUUCAUUUCUCCUUUCCCCGUUUGCACUGUACCACAUGGUGUUCGUGGCCACACAACAAGCAUCCAGUAUAAAUUUCCCACCAGGCCAAAUAGCCAAUAGAUCUUCUUUCUUGGGCUCCCCAGCUGUAAUUUCACUUCUUUUACAUUAUUCUUUUUCCAAAUGGAAUCCGUUGGUGCACUCCGAAUUCUCAAGGACAAGACCAUUUUGGUCACUGGUGCCACUGGCUUUCUGGCAAAGAUUUUUGUAGAGAAGAUAUUGAGGAUUCAACCAAAUGUGAAAAAGCUUUAUCUUCUGGUCAGAGCAGAAGAUACACAAUCUGCUAUGAAACGUGUGCAAAAUGAGAUUGUAGAGAAGGAUUUGUUUAGGGUUGUAAGGGAAACUUGCGGUGCCAAUCUGGAGCCCUUUAUAUCAGAAAAGGUGGCUUCUGUAGCUGGUGAUGUUUCUUUACUAAAUCUGGGAAUAAAAGAUUCUGAAGUAAUGGAAAAGAUGCUGACAGAAAUAGAUCUAGUAAUCAAUUUCGCUGCAACAACAAACUUUGAUGAAAGAUAUGAUGUUGCGUUAAACACCAACACAAUGGGAGCCCUGCAUGUUUUGAAUUUUGCCAAGAAAUGUGUCAACAUAACCAUGCUUCUCCAUGUAUCAACUGCUUAUGUGUGCGGUGAAAGAUCAGGAAUUAUCCCAGAAAAUCCCUUUUACAGUGGUGAAACUCUCAGAAGAACAUGUGAAUUGGUAAUCAACGCAGAAAAAAAAUUGAUAGAAAAACAAUUAAAUCAACUUCGUGCAGAAAAUGCCACUGAAAAAGAAGCUAUCUCAACCAUGCAGGAUUUAGGCAUCAGAAGGGCAAGAUUGUAUGGAUGGCCAAACACAUAUGCGUUUACAAAGGCAAUGGGAGAGAUGUUAUUAGGAAACUUUAGAGAUGAUCUUCCUCUUGUCAUCACUCGCCCCACCAUGGUAACCAGUACCUAUUCAGAACCAUUUCCAGGUUGGAUUGAAGGCGUGAGAACAAUUGAUGGCCCAAUUCUUUGUUAUGUUAAAGGGAAACUAAAAUUCUUCUACGGGAAUCCUGAUACCAUUCUCGAUUUGGUGAGUUGA